CCAACACGAAUUGCCUGAAAUGUGAAUUUCGCAUGCGCAACCGAUAACUUCCUUUUCCGGUUCGUUCUUACGAAAUUCGCUGAAAUUGAUUUCAGUUGGGUUAAAAUCUAACAUAAUCCGAUCAAAAUGAUUCUUUACAAGGACUUAAUGACAGGGGAUGAAAUGUUCACAGAUGCAUUCCCCAUGCAUUAUGAGGGUGAAGAUGAUUUCCUUGUAUGUGUUGAAGGAAAGCUUGUAUCGCGCAAGAAGGGUGAAUCAAUCAGUGCUGACCUUAUUGGUGGAAACCCAUCCCAGGAGGAGCAAGAAGAGGAGUGUUGUGAUGACACUGAGACUGUGUCAGGCAUUGAUGUUGUCUUAGAUAACAAUUUGGAGGAUGUACAGGCUAGUUUAUUCCCAUCAAAAGGAAGUUUAGUGAGCUACUUGAAGAAGUUUGUCAAAAAAGUAGUUGAUGGUCUUACCGAAGAAGGUGAUACAGAAAAAUGUGAUUGCUUUAAAAAAGCCAUGUCAGCACACAUUAAACAAUUUGUGGGCAAAUAUUCCGAUGAUGUUUCAGUUUAUGUCCGUGAAGGCUUUGAUGUAGGAGCAUACAAACAGGCUCCAAUGAUUGGUGUUUGGUCAGAGGAUGGUCGUACUAUCAAAUUGUAUGCUAUGAAACACUGUCUAAUUGAAGAAAAAUGCUAACCCCUGUUACAGAUGCCAGCAAGUCGCGAGUCUUUCCAGAAGCUUAAUAAAAAUGUAUCAUUCAUAAAUCAUGUAAAACAAAACAAGAAGAACCGGUAGACAUAACAUAAUUUGUACUUCUUGGUGAUUCAACAACUUCACUUCAAUUUUUAUAUUACAUUCACAUUUAAAGACAAAAUUAUGUUAUGUCAUAAUUAGGGGCUUUUAACAUACUUUUUAUUGUUGUAUGUUAACUGGACAUUUUGUUGAUAUUUUAAGACACUUAAAACUGAAAAAACGAACUUGAAAUUGAUGAAAACCUAUUAAUCGGGUGUUGAUAAAAAUGGUGCAAUAGUUUACAAUAUGUUUAAAUUUUUAACAUCUCAUGUGAGAGCCCCUGUAGCGCAUAUAUAAAUCAUAAAAUAACAUGACUGUUAUCUUUGUGUUUUAUAUCUGUGUUGUUACAAAAAUGAUCGAGUUAUCAUUUCAAGCCAAUAAAAGUAUUUAUUUCA